CACCAAAGAAGCUUAACGAUUUGGCUGCAAGUGUGUAGCAACGACCGUAGAAGCACACGCACGCGCAGGACUACGUUGUAGAGCGAGCACCAACAUUUUGCACAGCGCUGCUCAUCGCGGGAUCUCCGGCCAUACACGAUGAACACAAUUUAUCAACUAAAGCCUUGCCGCGUCCUGCGCGGCGCGCGGCCUUUCGCACCGGUCGCAUCACCGCGCCUUGCACGCAUCGCCGCGCUGAUGGCCUGUGAAGCUCGUAAUCGUUUUCCGCGCCUGUGCACGAAAACGACAAGGGAACGUCAUGUUUUCAGCGCUGGCGACGGGCCGACUAGCGAUGGCCCCUCUACUAGCAGCUCAGGCGUGCAAAACAAGGAGGCGGAGCUGGAGCGGCUAGAGGCGGCUAUCCGCGGCAAGGGGCCAGCACCGGGACCCGCAGCCUCCCGACCGCCCUCAGCGGGCAUGCCCGGCGCCAAGCCGAAGCCCAUCCCGAUUCGCGGCAUGACUCAGCAGCAGAACAAGAUCGACAGUCAGUAUGAGAACAUGGCGGCCUGGUCGGAGGGCCAGCUGUUCCCCGAGGGCUGGGAGCGCAUGGACCUCGGCACCAAACUGACGGAGUUGUACCUGGGCCGGCGCGGGGUGCUGUUCUGGGCCAACAAGGCCGCCUACGCCUCCGUCUUCGUGCUGCUGGGCGGCUGGAUCGCGUUCCGCUUCGUGGGGCCGGCGCUGGGGCUGUACAAGCUGGCGGGCGAGUUCGCGCCGCCGCCCGUGUGAACACGUUUCGGCAUUUCGCAGUGGAGGUGGGAAUGGAGGUGGGAGUGGAAGUGCGAGUGCAGGUGUGGGGCGGCAGAAGGGGCCAGGAGGGUUGUAUUGUGUCGCCCUGCGCAGCUGAGAAGGAGGGAAGCGAGGUUAGUACAGGGCGUAGAUGGCGACAGUGUUCUGUGAUCGAUGGAGCUAGCGACGGUUAGGGUCCGACCCACGGGGCAGAAGCAGGCCAGGCACAACGAGCCAGUCGCGAUGCGGACUGGCUGUGCGGCGUAGCUGCAGUUAGGUAGGCGCGUGUGCUGUUGCUGCGCGUGGUGGCGUCUCGGUGUCCCAUUCGGGUAGUGGGCCGGUGCACAGCAAGCGACCGAGGCGACGUCGACGCGGAUGGGCAGGCGAGGCGGCUAUCCGUUCAACUGUGUUCUUCCUUCCGCAAGGCAUGCAGAAUUGUAACAGUAAAGCCGU